GGCACGCGAUCGCCACGGCGGCGAGUUCGAUCAGAUGUAAAGCACAGGCAUGAUAUGAUACCUGGGGCAUGCAUGUAGGGAGCAAAGGUCUCAGAUCGAACUUUACCCUUUGUUGGUUCUGCAGGGGCCUGCCGAAUUCAUUCCCAAAUCAGCAAGGUCUUUCGUCAAGUGUUGUCGGAUCCCAGCAUAACCGGCAACUACUACUGAAGGAAAACAAAAAUGGAAUCCUCUAGCAACGCUGUGGAACUGCACCAGGAUGUGGCUGGUUCAGGCAAAACAAAUGAAAUUAAGGGCUCGGAUAAAGUCUUCUUCUCGUCUUACGCUCAUGUCAACAUUCACGAAAACAUGGUACGAGAUGAGGCGAGGACCCAAGGCUACAGGCAAGCUAUCAUGCAGUGUAGCGACCUGAUCAAAGGAAAAGUGGUCGUGGAUAUCGGAUGUGGAACAGGAAUAUUAAGCUGCUUCUGUGCAAAAGCCGGUGCCAGAAAAGUGUACGGCAUCGACGCCAGCUCUAUUAUUGAGCAGGCAAAGCAAGUAGUUCGGGAGAAUAACCUGGAGAGCGUAGUCGAGUUGAUCAACGGCAAGGCCGAGGUGGUAGAUUUGCCUGAGAAAGCUGAUAUUCUCGUCAGUGAAUGGAUGGGCAAUUUUUUGUUCUUUGAGGGUAUGCUGAACUCUGUUGUAGUGGCAAGAGACCGAUUUCUGAAGAAGGGUGGAUUAAUUCUUCCCGGCAAAUGUACUCUCUUUGUUUCGCCUGUGGAUUGCCGUAAGCUCUACGAAAGAAGGAUUGACUUUUGGUCAAGCACGAAGAAGACUUACGACCUGAGUAUGGAAUGCAUGAUUCCCUUCGCUAAGAAAUGUCUUCUUGGCUCUGUGCGCAGAGAGGACAUUCCAAGUGAAAGUGUCAUCGGCCCUGCUCAGCCACUCUACGACCUUGACGUAAACACUGUGACCCUCAAGGGUCUGGACCUUGUCAAGGGGGACUUUCAGGUGACAUGCGACAGGUCCACUAGCCUCACUGGCUUUGCCACCUGGUUCGAUGCUUACUUCGAGGCCCCUGGCAAGGACACCAAGGUUUUGUCGACGUCCCCGUUCUCUACCCGAACUCACUGGAACCAGGCUGUUCUUUACCGUGACGAAGGCAUUCCUGUUAAGAAAGGUGACGUCAUCCAAGGGAGCAUGACUCUCACUCCAGCGGACCUGAAUGAGAGGCACUUGGAUAUCAAACUGAGCUACCAGAUUGGAGAUGGCCAACGGGAAGAGAAGAUGUACAACACCUGGCAGACACCGGGGCCCGUCGAGAUGUAUUAGGCCACACCAGGUUGUACUUUCCCAUCGAGUAGAGUUGGACAGAUCUGAAACUUUAUGCUUGUAUUGUUUUAUGGCAAAAUAGGGUACUCGAGGCUCACCGGUGGUAUUUAUCGAUCAGUCCGGGCAAUGCCAAGCAUAAGACUUGAGAAUGUUGUGAGCUUUCAUUUAAACUCAACAUUAUUCUACGAUAGAGGGAGCUUUCCACAGUCCACGUGCGUUUAUCAUCGGUCUGGGCAAGUCCGAGCGACGACUAUGAAUUACGACUAGAAAUUGAUUGUCAUUUAUUUUAGACGUAAGUCUUGUGGCAAGGAGGAUCAGUGGUUAUCAAUAUUUGUCUUUUCGUAAUUAAGUGCCUACGGAACAAUUAACAUAGAAUAUUGUUCUGUUUAGGCGGUAGAGACCAUGAAAGCAACGAGAGAUGCACCCAACUACAAAAUGUGAGAGAUUUCGGAAUAUCGUUUGACUCACAGCGGUUCAGAUGGCACUGUAUCGCUCAUUUGUGCUGGUCGAAAGCAGUCGACCAUUGCAGUGGUCGAACUACUGAUCUUUCUUUUAUAUUAUUAAGAGUGACCACCGAAGUAAAAUUUAAAAUAAGAAUAAUGAUUGGCGGCAGUUUGGGGUUUAAAAUACACAUUUACUCUGUCCGUGUUCCAAGGAGAGGGCGGUUUCAUUCGUGUUUCAGUUUUUGAGACGCUUUGUGAAUUCUUCUUGUAUUUCUGCAUUCCGUCAGUCACAUCAUUGGCUAAACACUAUUUGGCAAAAGCUGCAACUGCGCCGUUGCAAGAGAAAGGUCUUGGAUGUAGUUCGUACACGCUCAGUCGUAUUGUGCAGACGCCUUGCAUGAAAGAUGACUUUGCUGCCCUCUGUGGGUCAUCUCACGUUGUUUAAAGCAUCUGUUUAAAGUGAUUUUUCUAUUUCCCCCAUUUGAAAUUUCCGUUUAUCCAGAAAUGAUGUUGCGCAACGUUUUGAAUUGAUUUGGUAAUUUUAACUAAUUGAGUAUUCUUUAUUCUUUUUAGGUAUUCCGUUUAGACAAGGUUUCAUUUGUUAGAUAAUUUCUAAGCUGAGUUUCAAAUAACAAAUGGAAGUUUUAGUAUUGUGAUAAAUUUGAUUGUAAAAAAAUACCCAAAAUGAUACCUUUUUAAUGAGAUAUUCCGAUAGGGUCGUGAACAAACUUGUCGUCCUUGAACCUCAAACAAACCUAACUCGACCAAACUUCGAAGUUUUAACUGGAGAAUAACUAUCAAGCUAUCCAACACGCAAUGUAAAAUAAUUUUGCUAUAAAAUGUUUCCCUCGAAUCUCGAAUGUCUCCCUGUCAAUGUUUGCUAUUUUACCGCAGUGUGUCUCUUAAAUCACAGCUGGGACAAUGUAUCUAAAACUGUUUACACACUUAGCCCGACAGGACUUCUACAACUGAGAGCCGUAUCGGUUCCGUGCGUAGUGUUCGGCAGUGAUGGUGGUAGCGUGCAUGACAAUGUCACACAAAUACUCCUCCAAUCGUUUCAGGUUUAUAUUUAUAAUGCUUUGGCGUUCUGGCAUUGUUUAUCAUCAAACGUAGAUUGUCAUUUCAUUUCAAGCUAUAUCGUUGCUGAAUCCAAUGCGAAUAAUGUAUUGAUUUAUGACAACCUCAAUGUAACACAUUGGAGACAUGGAUCCCUAUGUUUUAUUUUGUACUUUGAGCAUCCAUAUUCCGCACUGCCCGCGAUACACACGACAAUUCGAUAGCCGUUCCGUCACAUUACAGACCGGUGAUGAAGACAGGACUCUUAAGCGCCCACUAUAACACAUACUCACUGCAAAACUGAUAUUAGAAUCAAAGCUUUACUCCCUGAGGAGUGAGUUGUCCAAAUUCUUGAAGCCUACCCCAAUAAAGUACCGGUGUUAUGUGGCAAACAAGUGUUCAAAAAUGGGAUCUACCUCCGUAGAGAAUACAAAUGAAUGACGAUUUUUCUUGUUAAUUAAACUUUAAUAAACCAUUGACAGUUGAUCUUUAGGAAGGUAUAUAAAUGAUGAAUGUCUGCUUAAGAGGAUUGUUCAAUCUAAUUUUAUCAAGCAAGCCCUUAAAAGCUGCUCUUGAUAAAUGCAUGCACACAGUAAGGACAUGAAUUGAUAAUAGGCCUACACAUGUAUUUCACUAAUUAUGCCAUGAGAUUCUAGAUCAUUGCAUCAAGGUGAACAAUCGUAACAUAAUAUUUUGGAAUGUAGCAUAAAUAACUAAAUAAUGACUAUUGAAAAUUGAAAAUAAAGAAAGAUAACAAUAUGGUAAGUUGCCAAAAAAGUUGUCAUUGCUGUAUGGCAACGAGAACACAACAUUUAGCAUCUCAUGAAAAUGAAAUCGUCGAAUUUUA